CAAACCAAAACCCGAAUCAACGACAACGACGCUUUAUGUUUAUCAAUAAAAUCGCUUUGCAGUUACUGUUGGAGAAAAAUAUUGCAUCAAAAAUAUCCAGUAAAUUUUCCAAAAAGUUACAUGAACAAAAGUUGUAAAAUGGUUCUGCUGUUCUGUAAACUGAAUGUGAAUUUUUAAAAGCUAACGUAAAAUCAAGAGAAGCCGAGUAGUGUUUUUGAAGAUGGGCUUUGGCGACCGGAUUGAGGACUACGAAGUGUAUGAAAUUUUAGGAAAAGGCGGAUUCGCUAGUGUGUAUCGGGCAAAAUGCCUUUCAACCGGGUCCAUGGUGGCGAUAAAAAUGAUCGACAAAACAUUGAUGCAAUCCUCGGGAAUGGCUAAUAGAGUUCGACAGGAAGUUAGUAUUCACUCUCAGCUAAAACACCCGUCGAUCUUAGAAUUGUAUACAUUCUUCGAGGAUGUCAAUUUUGUUUAUCUGGUGCUGGAGCUCGCCGAGAAUGGUGAACUGCAACGGUAUCUUCGAGAGACCAAGAAAACCUUCAACGAAUACGAAGCCGCUUCCGUGUUGAGGCAAGUAGUCGAUGGACUUCUUUAUCUCCAUUCACAUCAUAUUCUGCAUCGCGACAUGUCACUUGCCAAUCUGCUUUUAACGAAACGAAUGAAUAUUAAAAUUUCGGACUUUGGUUUGGCCACCCAGCUGUCACGACCAGAUGAGAAACAUAUGACACUUUGUGGGACCCCAAAUUAUAUUUCGCCAGAAGUGGCCUCCCGUGCGUCGCAUGGUCUUCCAGCCGAUGUAUGGGGGCUCGGAUGUAUGCUGUACACAUUUUUGGUGGGGAAACCUCCUUUCGACACGGAAGGAGUGAAGUCCACUUUGACGAAGGUCGUGAUGUCCAACUACAGCAUCCCUUCCUACAUUUCUUCGGAGGCUAGAGACCUAAUAGACCAAUUGUUAAAAAAGAACCCUGUCGAACGGAUUAAGCUGGACCAAGUGCUGCAACAUCCGUUCAUGAGAAAGGCAACAAGCUUUGAAAGCUAUCGUGUCGGCGGUACACUUGCUUCCAACGAUAGUGGAGUCGUCACAAUGUCUAGCAGCGGGGGUUCUAAUCGGUCGAGCAACAUUCCUUCAAGCUACGGGCAUGAUCGGCCACAACAGCCCAUCGGACAUCAAAUGCCUCUGCGAUUCCAACCGAUCAGCGAGCAUGAGUACGAAUUCCAGGAAAGCAUUUUGCCACAACAGCGAUUUCAAUCAACAUCGCACAACAAGCCAACUUCGGAUUUCUUCUCCGGUGUUAGCAACGAUGUUCAAAUAGUGGCACCAGCGUCGCAAGCGAUUCAACAUCACCUGAAUCAGAUCUCGCUGCUACAGCAGUUUAACAGCUUGGAGUUGAUGGAGAAGUACAAUAUCAAUAAAGCGGACAUAGCCACUGUGGGGCGAUCGGCAUCAGAGGGCAGCAAUGGAAUGUUUAUGCAGGAGCACCAACAUCAGAUUCAUCUUCAGCAUCAGCAACAACAGCAGGCUAAUCCGUUAUUGAAUUCUAGACCCAAAUCAGCUUCCAUCUCAAUGUUGUAUCGUGUUCCUGGUAGUAGAAGCCCUUCUACUUUUAGUGAUAAGGAAAAUUAUAAUCAUCAAAAGCUAGAUGCUCUGGAUCGGGAAACGCCUUUGAAUCCGGGAGAUUAUGACUUUAUCGAACAUUUCCAUUCAAAAGGAAAUAACCAUCAAGCCAACAACGUCAACCCGAAACAGAAAAGCCCCGCCAAAUUCUCCAAAAAGCGUUUGGAAAUCCCACCAUUAGACACUGCUCGGCUACUUCCCAAUCGACACAAGACGAAAAAUGCCAUCCUCAGCAUCCGAUCCAGUGGGGAAGUGGUGCUGGAGUUCAUCAAAUUUAAAACCCGUUACAAAGAGCAUCGAGUGGUGGACGUUUGUCGCAUAUCGUCUGACGGUUUGCGCUUCGUGUUGUACCAACCGGAUGGAGGAAAAGGCGUUCCGGUAGAAGAGGAACCACCGGACUUACCGCCGGGAGGUGCCGACAGUAUUUUCAGCUACGAAAAUCUACCGGAGAAGCACUGGAAGAAGUAUCAGUAUGCGGCGCGGUUUGUCCAGAUGGUGAAGGCCAAAACGCCGAAGAUCACGUACUACAGCGAGAGAGCUAAGUGCCAACUGAUGGAAACCCUGGAGGAUUAUGAAGCGUGUUUCUACAGUGGAACAAAAAUUGUGAAAUCACCUCAGGACGGCGUCAAGAUGGUCGAUUACAAUGGCACCACGAUAAGAAACUUUGCUAAUAUGAGUUCUUCACAGAACGCGGAAUAUCAGCAUUUUAAUCAAACCCUGGAACACUGUCUCAACAUAGAACGAGCCCUAUCCGCACUCCAAACCGGAAAAACGUUUCCGCUCAUUAUUGGUCGGCGACCCGCCAAUGCUGCUCCCUCAUCAUCUUCCUCUUCAACCAAAGAAAAUCAUCUGCUGUCUAGCCUUUCCUCUCCAAACACGCCCCAGACACCACACCAAAUGCCCUCUUUCGCCAUGUCAACAAACUCCCACACAUCGACGGGGAACGCGUUCAAUCGAAGACCGGUCCUGUCGUCGAAGUCGGUACCCUCUAACUUCUCCAACGUUGCCACCAAAAAGUGUACAAUCCCGGGCGUCGGCACGGCGGUCCAACUCUCGCAAGGUGUCGUCCAAGUCCAGUUCCUUGAUGGUGCGACACUUUCGCUGAUUCCGACCGAGCAGGGCGGCGGGGUAACCUUCUCCCCGGCGGCAGGCAGUCCCCUGCAGCACUACUCCAGUGCGGAUGAUGCCCUGCUUCCGUCAAUCCUGCGGCAGAAAAUCGAUCACAUGCCUGCGAUCUUGCGCAUGCUGAAUUCAGCUCCCGUGCCAUCGAUUCCGUUUAAUUUCGUCGAAGGAUCGCCACGGACACCGUUGAAGCGGUUUCUACGGUAAUGAGUUGGAGUGGGGAACAAGAAGAUUUGUUAAAGGGAACAUAAUCGAACUCAGUGUAUAAGACAAUAGCUCUCUACUAAUUGCAUUUGUAGGUGGUCUUUGAAUUGUUUGCUAAUUUUAUCGAUAGUGAAAUCAUGUUCUGAAAGCAGAAGAAAACUUGCAUUAUUUUCUAGUUGAACUGUACUGAUGUAAUUUAUUAUAUAUUUUUUAUCGAAUAAAAUUUAAGAUUAUUA